CCGCGCUGCUCUCGGCGCGAGUGCUGAACGGAGCCGACGUGGAGCGGCUGAAGCGACUGCUGCGCGAGAAGGACGCGGAGGCGAGGCAGCUGCGGGAGCAUUUCGAUCGGGAGCUGCAGACGGCGAUCGAUCUGAAGGAGAUCGAGGUGCGUCGGCAGAUCGUGGAGGAGAUCCAGAAGCGGAAGGAGAACGGGGAGAGCGAUGAGAGCCAGGUGAGCGUGAUGAUCGAGGGCAUGAAGAAGACGUACGAGAUGAUGGUGGCCACCAUCGAGUCCAAUUUGAAGACGGUGAUCCGAGAGAAGGACGCCAAGAUCGAGGAGCUGAAUCGGAUGAUCACCGAUCUCAACGACGACGUGCUGCGCCUUCAGAGCAUGUACGACCUCGUGACCAACACCACCGACUUGAAUCCCGAGCACGCCGACCACAUCGUCGAGUCGCUCAACGGCUACAUCGACCAGAUCGACAUGAUGCGUGGCGCCAUGGCCAACCUCAACGACCAGAUCAACACGCUCCAAGAAGACCUCAAGGCCUCCACCGACGCGGAGACGCGUCUCACCGCCGAGAACGCCUCGCUGCGCGCGCAGCUCGCCGACCUCGCCGCCUUCCAGGCCCAGGCCAAGCAGAAGCAGGCCUCGCUCGAGCGCGAGCUGCGCGAGUACCAGGCGCGCGCCGAGCUCGCCAUCCAGCAGGCCGCCGAGCAGCGCGCGCGCGAGCUCUCCGCCGACGACACGCUCCACCUCCGCGCCUCCGUCACCUCCAUCAAGAAGCUGUCUCCGCCCUCCCAGUCGCCGCGCACCUCGCCUCCUCCGCUCCCUGCCGCUUCGGUCCGCGCCUCGCCUCCGCCUCUGCCUGGCUCUCCUCCUUCGCAGAGCGGCACGCUGCGCAGCGGGCUCGGUCUCACCUCCACGCUCCGCUCCGCGCCCUCCUUCCCUUCGCUCCGCGCCUCGCCGCCGCCCGCCGCCUCGCCUCCCGCGCCCCCCGCGGGGAUCGCGCCCAUCCGUCCCGUCCUCCUGCCCUCCGCCUCCCAGUCCUCGCUCCGCUCCGCCUCCCCGGCCGCCUCGCCGCGCAUCUCCCCGCGGGGAUCCCCCGUCGCCGCCCUCCCCGCCCGCACCGCCGCCUCCCCGCGGUUGGACGCCAUCCCGCGGUUAAAUCUGGCCGGCAGCGCGGCCGUGGCCCCGGUGACGCGUCUGCAUCCCCCCGCCUCGCCGCGCGCCGCGCGCUCCCCCACGCCCCCCGCGGUUCCAGCGGUGCCGGCGGUGGCGUCGCUGAUGGGGUCCCGCGUGCAGACCGCCGGGUCGCCCGUGCGGAAACCCGUCCAGCCGCUGAAUCUCCCCGACCCCGUGCAGAGUGGGCCCAAUGUCCCCAAUUUGGGAGGUUUGGGGACAAAUGUGCAGAAUGGUCCCAAUGGUCCCAGUGGUCCCAAUGGUCCUGGUGGACCCAAUGGACCCGGUGGGCCGGGCGCUGUGAAUCCGCCACGGCUGGGCCGAUUCGCAGGGAAGAACAUGACGAUCGAGAUCGGGUCGCCGACGACGCAGAAGUCCGGGCACUUCGCUAGCUUUGGGAAUAGUGAGGCGGCGCACGGGGCGGGCCGGCCGUGA